GCCCCGACCGUGGAUAAAAGGAGUUCGCGGGGCUUGGAGCCGCACAGCCCGAAUCACAGGCAAGCAGCCUUCCUCGAGCCACCUUCUCGCUCCAGGCACCGCCGCCCCGACUCUCCGAGCCGAGCACCAUGGCCCGCACCGCGCUCCCCGCCGCUCCCCGUCUCCUCCGGGUGGCGCUGCUGCUUCUGCUCCUGGUCGCCGCCGGCCGGCGCGCAGCUGGGGCGCCCAUGGGCUCCGAACUGCGCUGCCAGUGCGUGAAGACCGUGCAGGGGAUCCACCUCAAGAACAUCGCAAGUGUGAAGGUGACGCCCCCGGGACCCCACUGCGCCGAUACCGAAGUCAUAGCCACUCUCAAGAAUGGGCAGGAUGUUUGUCUCAACCCCACAGCCCCCAUGGUUAAGAGAUUCAUCGAAAAGAUGCUAAACAAGAAUGGCACCAACUGACCUAGUGAGAAGGAGGAAACCCAGAGAAGACUGUUCCUGAAGGAAGUUCUAGCCUUAGAGGAACCAAAGAGAAAGAAGAGAAACAAAUGGCUCCUAAGGAGACCUGGACUGUGCUUAAUGUGUUUGACUGUUUUCAAUGAGUUCUGUUUAUUUAUAUAAGUAUUUAUUUAUUUAUCUUUCAAAAUUUCUAUUUUAAUGUUUUACUUGGUAUUUAAAGAUAUAAAUUUGUUUGGUGAUUCACUGUACAGUUAUUUUUAAAGUUUAUUUUUAUAGUAAGUUCAGUCCUGGCUGUUACUUACUUUGAAGAUGAUGAGUUUUAAAUGUCUUCAAUCAUUAAAUUAAUAUUUUGGGGGAGCCCGCAGUAUGCCACUGUGAUAGAGGCUGGAGGCACAUUGUGGGAGAUGCAAGCACAUAGAUGGUUAGGAUAAGGGAAUGUGUGUACAAACAUCUAUGUUUGUAACUGUUUAGAAGAAUGUCAGUUGUUAUUUAUUGUUGUUCCACAGUAUGUGGUCAACAUUUCACAGUUGCUGUUUCACAGUGAACAUUUCAGAUGUUGAAACUUUGAAAACUACACUGUUAUAAAUAUCCUUUGGACAUUUUAUGUCUUCCCUUGUAAGGCAUAAUGCCUUGUUUAGCAUAAAUUAUGCAAUGUUUCUUUGUGUCUUGGAAUAGAGAUGUUUGAAAUAUUUAUUGAUUAUUUUUAAAAUAAUAUGAAAAUAAAGCUUUUACAAAAAUAUCGUGCUUAAGUUGUGUUUUGUAUGUCUUGGCCUUUUGUUCUUCCUGAGUACCCAAGGUGCUGUACAUUUUUAACAGUCUGUAGGGCAUGCCCAUUUAAAGCCUGCUACUUUUUUUUUUUUUUUACUGGUUGCCACUUCCCUUGUUUCUCUCUUCCAGAAGGUAUACUUGAUGUUUUUUCAAAGUCCAUGCAAGCCCCUUCCUUGAGGAUCCCUGUUUUACAUAAAAUAUUUAUUUCUUUUCACUAUAAUCAACUUGUUAUACAAUUCUAGUACUUUAAAUAAGAGCUCUCAUUUAAAUUAAUUUGUUAAAUAGCUUUUCAAACAAUUAUGCGUUCUUUUUCCCUGAAUGAAGCUGGGAGCUAAACUGUACUAAAGUUAUUUCUUUCUCAGAACUUAAUUUGUACACUAAAAAAAACACUAGGGGGGGAAAAGUAAGAAAAAUGAGUCUCAGGGUACUUUGCUUAUGUAAAGCUCUAAUUGAGAAAGUUUCACCUUCGUGAAAGGAUAAAGAUCACCAGGUUUAAUGCUGUUGAGUGCUUCACACGCAUGGUGAUAUUUUACUUCUCCAGCUUUUUCUUCCACUUAAUCAGACAUUCUCUAAACCUGUAAACUUCAGUUUAACAUUGCCCCAGUUUGGCAGAAUCAUGUCCAGAUUCCAAGACAGAAACAAAGGCUGUCACCUCAGGUACAGAAAGCUCCAAGUCACCUGAAAAAGAGCGCAUUCCAAACUUGUAAAUAUGGAAAGUGUGCCCACGUGUGGGAAGAGCAAGGUAGGGUGUGUGCUUGGCUCUGAUUCAGAACCCAGUUCUGGGCUCCUGAGCCUUCAUUUAUAGCCUUCAGCAGAGGAAAGAGGGCUGGGUUGGUGGCCUGAAGACCUGGGCUCAUGUGCAGGCUUGUCCUAAGCAUCUAUAUGACUUUGGGCAGGAAACAAUUUGCCUAAACCUCCAUUUUCCUCCCCUGAAUAAUAAAUUUAAUAGUCUCUUCAUAACUCCAAUGUUAUUUGUUCAGAAUGAAUGAGAUAAUUAGAUGGCCAAGCAAUUUGUAAGCUGUACAAUGAUAAAUAAAUGCAAAACAUUCUGGAAGUUGCAUAAAUGCCGGCACUGAUUCCCUAACCCCAAGUCAGGCCUAACCCCAAGUCAGGGACAAAUAUUUUAGGCUGUAGGAAAAUAAAAUGUCCCUGGAUUCCUCAGCAUUCCUGUAUAAGGUCCUAGCCUCCUGAGACUCCUGACAUGCUAUGAGAACUAGAUCUGGAGCCAUUUGUCUAGUUAAUUGCUCUGACCCUAAAGAAUAAUAAAAUGUCUUUCAUUUCCCCUGAGAGGGCCAAAUGGUCAUAGCCAGGACUAGGUCCCUAGUAUAAGCCCCAAAGUGUUUAGGGAGACUGGAGCACUACCUCCCUAGGCACUUACAUGUAAAAAAAAAAAUUAAGCUACAUAAUGUGGAGUCAUCUUUAGAUGAUAAAAGUAGGGGGCUAUCUCUCAUUGGAGAGAUAUUAUUUCCAUAGUAAGGGACUUAGAACUCAAGACCAUUAUGUUUCCAAGGAGACUCUUUUAGGAGUACAGUAGGACAAUUAACCUGGCUUUCACUAUAUCACCCCAGGGGUAAGACUUGGGGUGUGCUGGGGGUGACACACUUACUCACUGUAAUUAAUGAGAAAAGUGUCCCUAAUCCAUAAUACCCCAUGUGUGCAAUCAGGAUAAAAUUUUAAAAUAUGAAUAAUAAAAACUCAUACUCAACACAAGGUGUGUUAACUUGGGACACGGAAAGAAGGACAAAGGAGAUGAAGUCAUCUCACAGGGUGGUUGAGAACAUCGGCUGUGAAGAAGCAGACCGACCUAGCGGUAGAUUCCUGCUCUAACACCUUCUAACUCUGGAUCUAAGGCCAAGUUUCUUGAUUAAUCUAACCUCCUUUUUACAGUUGUUACCAGAAUUACACAUUAUAACGAGUAAAGUGCUAAGCAAUGCCGGGAAGAUGGUGGUGGCUCCAGAAUUUCUGAGACAAAGGGUGAAGCAAUCUGAUUUUUUAAGGGAAGAGAUGGCAGUGUAUUAGCUUCCUAUUGCUGCUGUAACAAAUUACCACAAAUUUGGUGGCUUAAAACAACAUAAAUUUAUUCUCUUAAAGUUCUGAAGGUCUGAAGUCUGAAAUCAGUUUCACAGGGCUAAAGUCAGAGUGUUAGCAGGGUUGACUUCUUCUGGAGGCACCAUGGAAAAAUCUGUUUCCUCUGACCUUUCCAGCUUCCCAAGGCCAUAUAUAUCUUUUUGCUCAUGGUCCCCCUCAUCCAUCUUCAAAGCUAGCAGUGAAGCAUUUUUAAAUCUCUUUCUCUCUGUUCCUUGGCUUCUGUCACAUCACCUCUGUCUGACUCUGACUCCUCCUGCAUCCCUUUUAUAAGGGCCCUUGUGAUUACAUCAGUACCACCCAGGAUAAUCUGGGAUAAUCUCCCCAUCUCAGGAGCCUUAAUCACAUCUGCAAAGUCUCUUUUACAAUGUAAAGUAACACAGCCACAGGUUCUAGGGAUUGGGACAAGGACAUCUUUGGGAAUCAUCUAGCCUACCACAGAGGGCUUCAAGUUUAGUGUCCAAAGCCCUUUCCACCAGACUAAAAAAAUGUACGUAUUAUAGAAGGGAAAUUGGAGAUUGUGGAGGACUCCAAAUGGUGCCAGUACUGGCUAAAGCUCAAUAAAUGAAACUAAAAUCAGACUUAGGUAUUGUUUUCAGACUGGUAAUGUAAAGUUCCAAAGUGAACCAAAAAAAAACAAAAGGUUUAUUACAUAACUGUAGGGAAAACACGUGUGGCCAGAAAAACAAGAGGAAGGUCCAGGUGAAAAACAUGGACAGGUUCCCUAGGUCUGUGUUUGUUAUUGACCCUCUGGAUUGCUCCCAUAGGCAUCAACUCAUUCCUGGAGCAUGCGAAAAUGGCACAUAUGUGUAUCACAUUAAAUUGUCUGUGAGACUUUGGAGUACAGGGUAGCCCUCCAUUAAGAACAUCAGGGCAGGGGGUAACACACAGAGAGGUUUGAGGGGAUGAUCACAGGGUGACAAGAGAAGGAAAGGGAUAUUCUCCGCAUUAGCACACCAUAUGACCAUGUGCCUUUGAGAGGCCAUCAGGAAAUAGCAAUGGCAGCAGUGUCUGAGGUUUCCUGGGCAAAGGAGCCAGAGAGGGAGAGCAAGAAUGAUGGAUGACUCACUCUGUGAUUAUGACGACUCAUUUGAGAAUUCUUAUGAAAUAUUUUAUUCUCUAGAGACUUUCAAAACCAACUGGUGGAAUGUGAGGGAUGGGAGAGAUGGAGGUUUCUGCAAUGGUGGGAUGGGGAAAUAUUUUCUCUGCUGGUACAUAAAAAUUAUGAGAGAAAGAGUCCUGUUUCAUCCUGGUUCCCCAAAAAACAGAGCCUGAGACAAAGCCCAUGUACUACUACUUUAUUAAGGAACUCAGUUCCAGGGAAGCAGGGGUGAGGAUAAAGGUAAGUGAAUUAGGAAAGAAAGGAAAUCUAAUAUGAAGAUGUAUUACUGGCCACCACUAAGUGUAACUCAUUGCUUCAUUUUGGAAGAAUGAAGCCAUAUAAACUGCAUCCCAUUCAGUUUGCAUGGGGAGAGGAAAAUGUUUAACCCACAUAGGGUUAACCCUCUCACUUUUCUGAGUUGCCCAAGAGUGGACAGGAAGUAGGAGAUGCAUAGCAUGGAGCAAGAGUGGGUUGUGCCUGCCAAAAGUGGGUCACAGAGUUCAUGCAGACUUGGUUGGGUCUGGGGGCAGAACAAGUGAACAAAAGCCCUGAAGACAUGUGAGAACAAAAGCAUCUAAAAUGUUAUAUAAGACAUAUCUGAUAUCAAGUCUUACAUCAGCUGAAGAGAACCACUGGGCUUCUCUAUGUUGAAGCAGUGUGACUGUGGCAGGUCAGCUCAGCUGUUUAGAGAAGCAUGCUGAUAAGAUCAUGGUACAGUUUUCCAGCCAGUCAGUCACCUCAAACAUGCAUGUGACACUGUCUGAGAGUGUGAGGAUGAAGAGUUGUUAUUGUUCUUAGCUGCCAUUGAGUUGUCCCCCAACUCAUGGUGACCCCAUGCACAAUGGGAUGGAACCAUUGUGAUCCAUAGGGUUUAUAUCGGCUGAUUUUUUGGAAGUAGAUCACCAAGCCUUUCUUCCUACUCUGUCUUAGUCUGGAAGCACCACUGAAACUUGUUCAGCAUCACAGCAACAUGCAAGCCUCUACAGAGUCUUCCUUUGACAGUCUCUUCUUGUGUAAAUUUCUCUGAUUCUCAUGAUGAAGUAUUGCCCUUCCUCUGUGAAGGCUAUCUAUGUUCCUUACUCAACAUGUAGUUCCUUUGUCAGUGUUGGAAAUGGGUUUCCCUAAUUUAUCCUCAAGGGAGACCAGGGUUCAAUUCCCAGCCAUUGUAUCUCAGCAGCUGGAGAAGCAAUUCUAUCACAUGCUUGAAUUCAUUGAUAAGGGAUCAAUCUAAGGGGCCAUGUUAUAUGGUAGACUUUUCGUUCUGCAGACAUUAUAAAACUGACACAAAACAAGAAACUGGUGUUCCAAGACUUGAGGACUAGGGAGUCAAAAGUCACCCAACCAGUAGAGCACCAGCCCCUGAUUUAUUUUCUUGGCCAUACUCAGAAUCUGAAAGUUGAAGCAUGGUUUCAUGGUAUCUGUGCUAGAAUGCUUCAAAACCCUGGGUGAGAGCAGCCUGCUAGCCCGUUCCUGGGACCUUAUCUUAACCUGAUGCAGCAGUACACAGGCAAGGAACUGCCAGAAACUCCAUUCACCUGUGUGUACGGUACUUUUGCAAA